CAACAAGCUUUUUUGGUUGUUGUUUUUUUUAGUACCAGUUUUGCAUCUUUUAAGUUGCUACAACCUUAACCGUCCUUAUCUGCAGCGCCUGUGCCAUCAUGGAGACAAAGUUGCUAAGAAGAGACGUUGAGAUCCUCCUGGAGGAAUACAUCGGACAGAAGCUGAGAGAGAAUUCCUUUGACCCCACUGGGAAAGGAUCCUCCACAAUGCUGGACGACCUGGCCCACUAUGACCUCGCUAUCAGCGUUGCUGCUUUUCGGUCAGCGAAGGACCGUAGGAGUAAAUCAUGUGACGGAGACCUCACCGGGCGGGGCUGCAUGCCAGCAAGCAACGCCAUGUAUCGCAAUCGCUUGCAGCGGGAGGCCAUGAUCUUGUCAUCCUUUGCGGGCAUCGUCAUGAGCAGCCUGCCAGUGGAGGAGAUCUUGGCUUUGUACAAGUGCAAACCAGCUGCCUUGUACCCUGACGUGCACUCCAAGGCCUCAAUCGUGUGUCCCUUCACGCUCUCCUGCCACCCACUGGCCAUGCUGAGUUCCUACAAGGCCGUGCAACACUCCAGGAAACACAAUGAAACAUUGAAACGAUGGCUGUUUGAGAGGACAAAGUCUGGCGCCCCCUGCAGACCACGUCAAGCGUCGUCCUCAUCCUCCCUCUCCUCUUCCUCCCUCACCUUCCUCAGCACCAGCAGUGACAGUCAUGAGGACAGCUGAGGGGGGGCCCCACCACUGACACCAGCUUUUCAUCAGCAGACUAAUCAAGAUACAUUACUCUGUACGUGUGUGAAUCCUUUUUUUUUUUUUUUUACAAAAGAUACAACUUCAAAGUCCUGUUUCUUGCAAAAACAUAAUUCUAAAAAUAUUAUAAAAGUAAACAUAAAAAAGUGGAAUAAAAGUGCAAAGAGGUAAAAUGUAACAAGAAAAAGUUGCAAAGUUGACUUGAAUAACACUAAGGUGCCAUGCAGGAUGUUUUUUUUUCCUUUAAAGCUUUCAUUUGCGAAAAAUAAUAAUGACUCAAAAUCAAUGUUAUGAAUUAUUGACCUACUCGAAGAUCUAAUCCAAUUACUUCACAUCAAAUAUUCCACCUCAAAAUGUCUUACAAUUUUUCUUUGUCAAAAUUGGGCAUGAAAAAUAAAAUUUGGGGCCAGGGCCAAAUAAAUGCACAUAUUAUAUUAAUAUGAUGGCUAUAUAAUUAAUCUAAUGGAUAUAUAUAAUUAAAAUAAUUGGAUUUUAGGAGUAUGUGAAAGUUGGACUCCUACCUUGUUGACUUCCGUGACCUCCUUAAAGUUUUGUAAUCAGUCAGAAAUAUCAAGCAGCUAAAAUAAGCCAAACAUGGAUAAGUGUGGAGAGAAUGUUUUAAAUUUAUCCCUAAUGCACUCUUAUUGAUGGAUGUACUUUUCAAUUUUGUAAUGGUGUUUGGAUGCUUUUCAUAAUAUCCAGCAAGUUCAGAGGUCAGGUUGUGUUAUGUGUGACUGUGUGUGUGUUGACCUUUAUGUUGCUUUUUUUUUUUGUUGCACCAUGACUAGGGGAGGUUCUUUUGAUUGUGUCCUAUAAGUAAACAUCAAGGGUGCAAGCACAAUCAAGGGUCAUUGAUCUGAUUUACUCACAUUGUCCACUAGGUAGCAGCAAAUACGUAGCAUUCAGAAAUUGCCUGGUAUUGAUGAGGUCAUGUCUCGCUGGCCAAUUUGAAGGGGCUGGCAGGCUGUAGUUUGUACAUCCCUGAUUCAGGGAUUUAAAUGUGUAAAAGUUUAAAAAUAAAUACAAAUUUAUGACUUAUUUUAACAAUUUUACGAGUGAAUAAAUUUCCAAGUAUUUUAGUGUUUGUUUUUUUUAAACGGUCAUUGCUCAAAAAAUGUUAUGAAUUAUUGACCUAUUCAAGGCUCUAAUUACUUCACAUCACAUUUCCCACUAAAAGUGCACUUUAUUUGUUUAAAACUAUUGUAGUGGCGUUCUGUACAAAAAGUGCACUUUAAUUUAGUGUUUUGAUAUGUCAACUUAGUGACAUCAUGCACCAAAGUGCACUAAUAGCUUGUUUUAAAAUGUCUGACAAUCUUGCACUUUCUGUUUUGGAAAUUACAUGACUGUUCAAGCCACUGUUUAAUAACCAUUUAAUAAAUACAGUUUUGGUAAAUUGA